ACAUUAUAGCUUGAACAUGUGUGAAGACUUGUUUUCUGUUCUUUUAAGUGGCUUGUUGGUGAAAAGAAACUAUUCCAUUGAAGUCAAAACUAUAAACAGAGAGUUUGAAAGCGAUUUGACUGUUGAAAAACCGCUAUUUGUAAGGGCUAAAGCUCCCAUCUUCAAGGAGCCUGAUGAAGGGCGAAAAAUAAUACAAAUAUCAAAUCCGAGUGCAACUACAGUAGAAGUUUAUACUUGCACAAAGUGUGUAACAGAUGAGAGUCAGGGCAGAAUACAAGAUCUAUUGCUUAUUGUAUGUGGAGGAAACUCAUACUGUUACAUUACUGAGAAAAAGAAAAGAUCAGCAAAUUUGGAAUGGAAGUACGAAACGUGGUCGAAAUCAAAGAAGUACGGAUUCAGUAUAGGCUAUCGUGCAACACCGUUACAGUGGCUGGAACAGCUAAAAGAUGCACAAGAAGGCUACGCCCCGUAUACCGUUGGGAGUAACACAAGCUGCAGUCUUGAGGAUAAUGACGUCUGUAAUGGACCAUUGCCACCUAACACGAAGAUAAGGGUCUUUGUUUGAGUUUGCAACAAUGCUGGCUGCAAUGAAGUUUCCUCUGAAUCUUUGGUAACGUUAGGCAAUAAUAACGAUGUUGAAAGCGUAGGACUGGGUAUUGGCAUAGGCCUCGGUCUGCUGUUUCUAAUUAUCAUAAUUACUGGAAUUAUUAUUAUUUAUAAACAACGAAAGCUGAACCGAAAUAAAAACAAAAGAAAAAUAAACCAGUACAAUAUUGUUAACAAAACAUAUAAAGAGGAUCAUCAGUAUAGUGAGGUCAAUGAUACUAAUUGGCGCGCCUCACACAACAGUGAAUCCGAUGCGGUUAACAGAACGGUGAACAUGGACAAUGUCUAUGUCUAUGACCUAGCACCAAACUAUCAAUUGGGAAAAUAUGAAACUUCACAAUGAAAUAGCCUUAUGAAUAUUUUCUAACAAGACUAAGUACAAUAAAAUAAUAUUGAAAUCGAAACUUAAUGGCCACUGUCAGAAUUACGCUUGGUUGAAAAACAUAUUUUUGGACUUAUUUUUGGACUUUCGAUUUGAUUUUCGCUUUUUUCAUGUUGCUUACAGCCUUACAUUUAAAAUUUGUGUUUAGGUUUAGAUAUU